UAGCAACCAAAACCAAACAGCUGAGUCCCACGCACGCAACGUGCAACGAGGAGUACGUGAGUGGGGAUUUCACGUGUAAGAAAAUCGAAGAUUUUGUUUAUUCAAAAAGGACUGAAAAUAACAAACUAUGGCUACAGCAGUACAGGUGAGGCCAGUGCACACCAUGCCUCCUUCCCAGAGAUUAGAUGUUCUAGCGAGACCAAAACAACUCCCACCUGGGUUUCGCGAGGACAGGCGAUCUGUUUAUUGGAUUGACAAACUCCCUCCAAUGCCUGAGGGCACAACAGCUUUUGUUGUGAAUGGUUGGCAGGACGCACUAAGCAAAGCAAAGCCUGUCAACGCCGGCUGGAAAGGAGAAAGGCCGACCUCCAUCUGGCCAGUCAGCAAGAACGCCCAAAAGGCAGAGGCAAGCGAUCGUCUUCAGGUUCUUAGUCAAGCCAAGACCACGGUGCCGAGCUUCGUCCCUGAGCGACCCAUCAUGACACGAGUCAGCCAAGCAGCCAAGAACGCCACGGCUUCGGACCGCAUUGAGCAGCUGGCGCGCGAGAAGACGUACGUGCCGUUGAAGAUCCGCGAAAGCUACGAGUUUGACUGCUUCAUGUGGGACCAGGAGAUCUCCAACGCGGCCCGGAACGCGCGCUGCUCGGACCGUUUGGAGGCCCUCGCCGAAUCCAAACGCCACCACCCGAAUUUCCAGAACGCCCGGUCCAUCCAGUGGGACGUCUCUGAGUCCGCUCUCAAGGCCAUCGCGACGCUACGGAUGCAGCAGCUUGCGCGGCCGAAAAGCCGCGGCAAGAAUGACAACUACGAUCCCUACAAAUUAACCACAGCGUCGCUGCAUGCGCGAGCCACGCCUCGAAUCGAGGAACUAUGCUUACCCAUACCAAGGAAGAUACGACAGAAACGUGUCGGUGGGGGUGGUGGUGGUGGUGGCGGUGCAAUAUAAACAACUUUAACACUCGGCAAGUCGGCAUCAUUUAUCAAUGUAUUAUAUUUUUUUGUUUUCCUUUAUCUGAUUUCACAACUGUAUCAGUUUUGGUCAGGGUUUGUUUUUAGACAAAGUAUACCCCGAAGAUGAAAGAAACUUAAGACAAACUCGAGAUUGAUAACAUAAAUGCCCCCCCCCCCUCCCUAUUUUCUAAUGUUUUUCUUUUGGGUUCAAUAGAAUGAUAGCAUGUUUUGCAACAAAAGUGUAAAAAAAUAUCUUUCUUGGGGAUGUAAACAUACCUUUAGUCUUUUAGCCCUAACAAUAUUUGAAGAAGUUUUGGUGGACUUCUUUCUUUUUUUUCAAAUAAUUAAGUUUAGUGAUGUCAUUGGGAGCUAGAGAAUGCCUCGUUGAAUAUAUGUCGAUGUCAGGUAAAUAUUUUAUUGAGAGGUCAGUAUUGAACUGUAGAAUGAGUCCUGUUUGCAGAUUAGUAGGCCUGUUGGUUUUUGGCAAUGCACCAUUUGUGUACUGUAUGUGUACACCUAUCAUUCAAUGUGCACUGAGGUCAUUUCUAAAUCAGUGAAUAGAUGUACGAAUAAUUUGUAGAGGUUUGGAGAGUAAUAAUCCUAUCACUAUAUCUUCCUCAAAUAAAAUGUUCAAAUGAGUCUUGAGAUCAAGUUAUUCAAUUGAUGAACGGUUAAAUUUGCAUAAUAUUUAUCUUAUUUCCUCAGCUUAUUUGGUUGGAGAAAAAUAAGGCUACAGUUUGAUUGUUUAAUGGUGGUACAUAUACUUUUAACAUUUCAAACUAAUUGAUACAAAACAUGCAUUUUGUGCUUCCGUCCGUAUUGCUUUUUACGUUUUGUAAAAAUGUAUUCGCAUAUUUAUGCAAUUUUUUGGGUUUGCAAGCUGGUUUGAUGGUGGUAUUAAGUGUGUGCAAAAGCUUCAGUAUUUUCCAAUGUAUUUGGGAGAAAAAUAAGUAGAUCAUUUUUGAUUAUGUAUGCAAUGGUUUUAUACAUUUAUUUCUUUGGUAAUUUUGUUUCACAUCUCACACUUGAUAUUUUAUAUUCAAAUUAUUCUAAACAAUAACAUUUGAUUUAUUGGCAGAAUAUACAUUAUGCAAACAGUGAAAUUGUUUAAACGUUUGUUGGCUUCUGUGCAGAUGCAUAUACAUGUAUAAUGCUUUAUUAAUUGUACCCAUAAAACUGCAUAUGUUGUUUAUCACUUUUUUUGUUUUUUGGUUUUCCUCUGUUUUUUUUUUAUAUUAUUCAUAUGCAAUGUCACUUUGUCAAUAAAGCUUUGGAAUGCACUUUAUUUAACCAUA